AUGUCCAAUCAAACCACUGUGACCGAGUUCUUUCUGCUGGGAUUUUCUGACAUUCAGGAGCUGCAGAUUUUGCACUUUGUCAUGUUUCUAGUGAUUUACUUGGCAGCCCUGAUGGGAAACCUUCUCAUCAUCAUAGCCGUAGCCCUCGACCACCAUCUUCACACCCCCAUGUACUUCUUCCUGGUGAAUCUGUCCAUCCUAGACCUCGGCUCCAUCUCUGUCACCAUCCCCAAAUCCAUGGCCAAUUCCCUCAUGAACACCAAGUCGAUUUCUUAUCCUGGAUGUGUCACCCAAGUCUUUUUCUUCCUCUUUUUCAUAGGAGCAGAUUUUUCCCUUCUCACAGUCAUGGCGUAUGAUCGAUACAUCGCCAUCUGUCAGCCAUUGCACUAUGAGAGAGUGAUGAACAGGGGAGCUUGUGUCCAAGUGGCAGCCAGUGCCUGGGCCAGUGGCAUUCUCAAUUCUGCACUGCACACCGGAAUCAUGUUUGCAAUAUCCUUCUGCAGAGGCAACACGGUUGAUCAGUUCUUCUGUGAAAUCCCCCAGUUACUCAAGCUCGCCUGCUCUGACUCCUACCUCAUUGAAACUGGGCUUCUUGUCUUUAGUGCAUGCUUAUAUUUAAGCUACUUUGUUUUAAUAAUUGUGUCAUAUGUUCAGAUCUUCAAAACAGUUCUGGGAAUCCCCUCUGAGCAGGGGCGGCUUAAAGUCUUCUCUACCUGCCUUCCUCACCUCAUUGUGGUCUCCUUGUUUAUUUGCACUGGCACAUUUGCCUACCUGAAACCCACCUCCAGGUCAACAUCAGGUCUGGAUCUCAUGAUAGCUGUUCUCUAUUCUGUGGUGCCUCCAGUAAUGAAUCCAAUCAUCUAUAGCAUGAGAAAUAAAGAGCUCAAAGCUGCCGUGAGGACAGGGUGGAGAUUAUUCACUGAGAAUAAAAGGUCCAUCUUUCUCCUUUGA